AUGGGACAAAGGAAUGAAACUGAAGUUUGGGAAUUCAUGCUUAUGGGUUUUUCUAAUCAUCCCAGACUGGAACCCAUACUCUUCAUCUUCUUCUUCCUCAUAUAUGCUGCAACCAUGCUUGGUAACAUUGGUAUCAUUGUUCUGGCCACAGCAGAUCCCCACUUACACACACCCAUGUACUUUUUCCUUAAACAUUUAGCUUUUUUAAACCUUUGCUACACCACUGCUGUGGUCCCCAAGAUGUUGUUCAACCUGAUAUCCUCCAGGAAAACCAUAUCGUACCAUUUGUGCAUUACACAGACUUAUAUCUCUCUUUUUAUGGGAGCAACAGAAUGUAUUCUCCUGACUGUCAUGGCUUUUGAUCGCUACAUAGCAGUAUGUCACCCUCUGCGUUACACCAUAAUAAUGAACCACCAGGUCUGUAUGAGGAUUGCAGCUGCAUCUUGGACAAUCAGCUUUUUCAGCACUGUUGUUCCACUUUUCUUAACUUUACCCUCCCUCUGUGGACCAUAUAUCAUUAAUCAUGUUUUCUGUGAGGCUCCUGUCCUGCUGCACAUGAUCUGCACUGAUACCUCCUUAAACGAGCUCCUGAUGUUAUUGGGGGCAGCAGGCACACAAAUGCUGCCCUUCAUCUUGAUUCUUGUGUCUUAUGGCUGCAUCAUCAAUGCUGUCAUCAAAAUCCGCACAACCAGUGGCAGGCAGAAAGCCUUCUCCACGUGCUCUUCUCAUUUGACAGUGGUGACAAUCUACUAUGGGACAGGCAUGUUCAUGUACAUGAGACCCAAAUCCCUUUACUCCCCUGAAAAUGACAAACUGAUUUCUGUAUUUUAUGCUGUCAUCAAUCCCAUGCUGAAUCCCAUCAUAUACAGUUUCAGGAAUAAGGAGGUCAAGGAGUCAUUAAUGAAAGUCUUUGGAAGGAAUGCAUUGGCCAAGGUACAAUAG